AGUGACGUGGGUUCUAGCGUGAGGAAGUCCCGCGACGGGCGCGCCAAAUUUCAAAGGACUUCCUCCCGGGAAGAAGACGAAUGAGCCACAACGGACGCCCGGCCGAACAAAACAAAAAGCGCCGCGGAAACGAUCCUUCGGACCCGCUUUUAAAGUCCGGCCGCCGGAGCCGCGGGUGGAGCGGCGGACGGCGUUUCCUCGGCGGGAAGUGGAGGCGCAGCAGCGAGGGAUGUGUCGUUGAUAUCAGACGCCACAGCUGUUCCGAUGUCAACAGAUGGCAGGAGUUUGGGAUUUUAAUCUCACAUACAUCACUAUACACACACACACACACAGGCUCAGGUGACGGCUGUUUAAACUGGAGACAUUGAAGUUAGACCUCCAGCUCUUUUAUUCUCCACACAUCUCCGCUCCACGGGGGGGAUCUGCCCAUGUGAUCUCCUGAGUGCAGAAGCUCAUUUCCACCCGUCACCAACUCAUACACAGAUCAGCAUUCCCUCGUUAUUUAUUUAUGCAUCUGCAACGAGGGCAGCAGGUCACGCUUUCUGUGCUGAUGCAAAGAGCUGUUGGUCACAGCGGCUCCGCCGGCCCGUAACCUUCAUGCAGGCUCAAUAUUCCACCUGGCCGGCGAGCUUCGUGUUUGCCCUCUGCGCUGCAAUGUCUUCAUCCUAACUCCCGCACCACUGGCUAAGAGUUGCGUCCCGCGAUGGAUGGCGGCCUCCUGUAAGUCAGGGUCCGGCAAAGAGAGGUGGCCUCAGGGAGCGGGCAGGCGGGCGCUCUGCGGCGGGAAACAACCAAACGACCCGGUCAUGGCGUCGGGGGCGCAGCCGUGCUUCCAGCUGCUGCGGAUCGGCUCGUCAGCCGGGGACUCGGCCAGGGACCUGUACACGUUCAGGCCGGCGCUCAGCCACUCGGUGUUCCGGCUGGGCCGCGCGGCGGAGCUGUGCGACGUCACGCUGGACUCGACCUCGGUGUCGCGGAUCCACGCCGAGCUGCACGUCGAGAGGGAGGCGGGCGAGGGGGCCGCCGCCGCGCAGCCGGAGGAGGGCUGGAAGGUCCACGUCAAGGACAGGAGCAGUCAUGGCACCUGGGUGAAUGAGGGCCGCCUGCAGGCCGGCGUCCAGUGGGAGCUCUCAGACGGCGACACGCUGACCUUCGGGGGCCAGUCCACUUCCGGGAGCCCCGAGUUCUACUUCCUCUUCCAGAAGGUCAAGGUUCGCCCGCUAGACUUCGACGCCAUCACAAUUCCAAAGGCGGGCACCUUCUCCUCCGACUUGCAGAACCGCAUCAGGACCAACCUGGACCGCAAGGAGGCCGCCAACCUGGACCUGUCCAAGCUGUCCAUCAACCGGGCCACCGUCAUCCUCAGCUCCAUCGGCAGCCUGAGUAAGAUGAAGGGCAGCGCCUGGACCUUCAAGCGGGGCCUCAGCCAGGGCGGCACCGCCUCGGACCCCGGCUGCUCCUCCUCCUCCUCGCCGCCCCUGGCCGCCGGCCUGUCCGCCCUGCUGCCGCCCUCCACGCCGCCGUCGUUCUCGCCGGCGGGUUCGGCGCCCUCUGCCAAGGUCCCGCAGCCGACCUCGAGGAACCGGAGGAAGUCGGCCCACACGGUGCUUCUGGAGGACGACAGCUCCGACGAGCCCGGCAGCCGGGGAGGCGCGGCGCCGCUCUUAGCUCCGGCGGUCCUCGCGGAGGACGUCCCGCGCUCGAGGGGGAAGAAGCGGCGGCGCCUCUACAAGUCUGAGUCGGAGAGCUUGGGCUCUCCGCCGCUCCUGCAGCCCAAGAGCCACGAGGACGUCCGGCGGCCGCUGGGGGCCAAGCCCCUCCCCGUCGGCAUCAGGACCAUCGGCAGCUUCCACGGCGCCAUGACCAACAGCCGACUCAACCACCACUUCCAGGUGUCGCUGGGCAACGCCGCGCUGCACAAGCAGGAGGUGCAGUCGCUGCGCCGCGUCCAGACGGUGGUGCACAGCAACAUCUCCGCCUUCCGCCAGCAGAGGGCGCCGCACGGCCCCCCGGCGGCGCAGAGGGGCCGCCGGAGGGCUCACAGCUCCCCGGUGUUCUCCCCCCUGGUGGUCGGAGGGGAGAACUACAGCCUGGCCUCGCCUUCAGUGCGGAUCCGCACGGACGAGCGAGGCCGCGUGCAAUUCAACCGGUUUCACCUCCCCGCCAGUAAGCGACGAGGCCGCCCCAGAAAGCACCCGCUGCCCCCCCGGCCCUCCCUGCCCUCCCCGUCGUCCUCCUCCUCUUCCUCCACCUCCUCUGCCUCCUCCUCCUCCUCGGGCUCUUCUUCCUCGUCCUCCUCCUCCUCGUCGUCGGAAGAGGAGGAGGAGGAGGAGGGUGGGGCGGCGCAGCGGGGCGGUGGAGCCGUGCGCGGCGCCGCGGUGCCGGCUGGUCUCAUUAAGUCAGGAAGGAACGUGGAGGAGCGGCACCGGAGGCGCAGCGUGGUGCCGACAAACAAGGAAGUGAGCUGGCACUUGGAGGCCACACAGGCAUCAGGAAAGUAG